GUAUACAGUGCGGAGUGUAACCGUGAUUAUCGAGUGUUAGAGUGUAGUGAACAACCAGCAAACUGUUUGCACCAACGGAAGAUAUGUUGACGAUGGAGACAGACCUCAAGGGAGGCAGCUUACACGGGAAUAUACCACCGCAUCAUUCCCUGCAAAAUUACGGAUCGUUAAGUGCGCUCAGUCAAGCCCCCAUGCACGGAUUAUCCCAGCAUCCGCAUCAGAUCCACCACCAACCACAAGGACCACAAAUCCACCACCAGCAUCAGCACCAAACCCAAAACCACCAUCAACAACAACCCCAACAGCAGCAGAACAACAACAAUAACAAUUCGUCGAAGGCGCAAAACAUGGAGAGGGUGAAACGACCGAUGAACGCUUUUAUGGUGUGGUCCAGGGGACAGCGAAGGAAAAUGGCUCAAGAGAACCCCAAGAUGCACAACUCGGAGAUAUCUAAAAGACUCGGUGCCGAAUGGAAAUUACUUAGUGAAACUGAAAAGCGGCCUUUCAUCGACGAAGCAAAAAGGUUACGUGCCGUGCACAUGAAGGAACAUCCCGACUACAAAUACAGACCGAGGCGUAAAACAAAAACGCUGCUCAAAAAAGAUAAGUACCCGUUAGGCGGUUCUACCUUAUUAUCGACAUCAGAUCCAUCUAGAACGACCCCGUCUUCGGCUCAGCAAGUAGCCGCUGCCAGGGAAAUGUACCAAAUGCCUAACGGCUACAUGCCCAAUGGUUACAUGAUGCACGAUCCUAGCGCGUAUCAACAACAGUAUCCUGGUACCAAUUACGCCAGGUACGAUAUGGGGCAGAUGCAGCACAAUUACAUGAACGGUGGAUACGGUUCUUAUGCAACAACGGUACCUAAUAGCGCGGGUUCUCCUUACGGGAUGCACCAAGCCGGUUCGUCGCACAGCCCUUCAGGUUCUAGUAUAAAAUCGGAACCUGUGAGUCCUAGUUCCGGUCUCCACACGCCAACACCCGGUGGAGGAAUUAAACGGGAGUACGCUGGUCAACCCCAGCAAGGCGAUUUAAGACAGAUGAUCUCUAUGUACCUGCCGACGGAUUCUGGUGUUCAACAUAUGCAGCACCAGUAUAGCAGUUCGCCAGAUCCGAUGACACAAGGACCUUUAGCACCUCUGACGCAUAUGUGAGAACCGCUUUUUGUGGCGCAAGACUUGGACGUGCCACCCUUGUGAAUUUUUUCUGUGUGUACAUAAAAAUACAUUUUUUAUUUUCUGUAUCGGAAUGUUUAGCGACGAUAUUGCGAUGUUGGAGGGAAUUUUUGGAGGUACCUAGUAUGAGCGUGGUGUUUGGAACAAAGAGACUGGUAAAAUGUAAGUCCUAAUUUUAUACACUGAUAAAAGAUAUUUCUUGAAAUGACAGCUGGAUAUGUAAACAUUUGAUUUCGUUUCUUUCUUAUUCUACAAUGUAGAAAUUGUUCAUUUGAAUUAUAAAAAUGUUUCCAAAAAAAGUUUCAAUAUGCUAAUCUACAAAAAUAUUAUAAUUUUGUGGUCAUAAAUCUCAAAGAAGCUAUUUAUGAGGUAUAUUUAUUGUUACCUCUAUUCUUUUUGUUUUGUUGUCUUAGAUGUUUAUUAUAAUAUAUACAGC